CUCUCUACGCUAAAAAUGUUGGUGGCUUCACCGCCCUCUCCAGCCGGGAUGCUCAUGCGUACGGCCCUUAGUUGCAAAAGUUUAGGAGAACAAAAAUGGCUUGGAAGAACUAAUUGGUUUAUACGUAAAAGAGAAGAAGGCUAUACCACCAUCAAAUGCUGUUUUGGUCACGGCAGUCUCACGACCAGAGUAUUUCAUUUUGCAUGAGCAAGUAAUACUCGGGAAAAAAUUGGGGCGUGGGGCAUUUGGAGAGGUCUAUGAGGGAAAAUUGAAGUUAAAAGAAGGGAAGGUUGUGGAUGUCGCAGUUAAAAGAGCUCAUGAAGGUCAUUUAAAGAAAUCGCAGCUUACAGCAUUUGUCCGGGAGGCAAAAAUUAUACGGCGCUUGGACCACGCCAAUAUUGUCCGCAUUUUUGGUGUAGCCGUAUUAGAGGAGCCGGUAAUGAUUGUCCUUGAACUUGCUGUGAAUGGUUGCAUGAAGCGCAAAUUUCGUCACACCCAUUUUCAGGUUAUUCAUCGUGACUUGGCAGCCAGAAACUGUCUACUUGGAGUGUCAAAUGAAGUUAAGAUCUCAGACUUUGGCCUUUCUGUUGUGGAUAAAAGCGAAUUACGGUUGAGCAAACUGCAAAAGGUACCAAUAAGGUGGUUAUCUCCAGAAACUUUGAGUCAGGUGAGACAAAAAUUCUCCGUAGUUAUUAGAUGUGUCAUUUAUUUACUUCAUCCAGGGUAUAUUUACCACAAAAACGGACGUCUGGAGUUUUGGUGUGCUCAUGUGGGAAAUCUAUGCUAAUU